AGGAGAGGAGAGCACAUGGCCUGCUCGAAAGCAUGUUGUUGCAUGUGCUGCAGUUUGCCGUCUUGGAGGAACAUGUGCAAGGAAAUUGUGAAGAGCCCAGAAUUCUGUGGAAAGCUUACUUUCCCUGUGUCCCUGAAGCAGCCUGGACCAAGAGACGGAAUGAUUCAGUGUUUUAUCAAAAGAGAUAAAUCUAAUUUAACAUACCAUCUAUUCCUUUGUCUCAGCCCUGCUUUGUUAGUUGAAAAUGGAAAAUUUCUUCUAUCUGCCAAAAGGACGAGAAGAACAACUUACACAGAGUAUGUUAUUUCCAUGGAUGCUGACAACAUCUCCAGAUCAAGUAGCACUUAUAUUGGAAAGCUGAGAUCAAAUUUUCUUGGUACAAAAUUCAUAAUAUAUGAUACACAGCCACCAUAUACUACUGCCCAGAUACCCCCUCCAGGGACCGGAAGGACAAGCCGAAGGUUCAAUUCCAAAAGGGUCUCACCUAAGGUCCCAUCUGGUACCUACAACAUAGCUCAGGUGACAUAUGAAUUAAAUGUGCUGGGGACACGAGGCCCAAGGAGAAUGCACUGUAUGAUGCAUUCAAUUCCAGUCUCUGCACUCGAUACAGACGGCACAGUUCCUGGCCAACCAGAGCUGCUUCCUUGCGCCCUUGAGGAUUCAUUCCGUAGCAUUUCCUUCUCAAAGUCUCUAGACCACUCCAUUGAGUUCAGCAGUGCACGAUUUUCUGACAUUGGGGCAUCCUGCAGCAACGAUGAAGAGGAUAACAAGAUGAGACCCUUGGUUCUGAAGAACAAACCUCCAAGAUGGCAUGAACAGCUUCAAUGCUGGUGCCUCAACUUCCGAGGACGGGUGACAGUUGCUUCUGUCAAAAACUUCCAGUUGAUCGCGGCGACCCAGCCAGCUGCUGGCGCACCCACACCGUCUCAGCCGGCCCCACCAGAUCAUGAUAAGAUAAUUCUGCAGUUUGGCAAAGUUGGGAAAGAUAUGUUUACCAUGGACUACCGAUACCCUCUAUCUGCUUUCCAGGCUUUCGCAAUAUGCUUGAGCAGCUUUGACACCAAACUGGCUUGUGAAUAGACCAAUCAAGUAUGAAGCAAAGCCUCUGAUGAGAGAUGGUAUCCUUCCCUUUUCUUUUUCUUCUCUCUCUUUAAUUUAUUUCUUUCUUGCUAGUUGCUACCAUUGUGAUCAGAAUUGGCCAUUGUCAUCACUCUCAGUUGUAUUAUGACUCCAUUGGUCUAGUGCAAGCCCUGAUGAUGUUAGCAAGGGUUUUAGAUCAUUCUUAACUCCAAAAUGUUCCCUUCUUAAAUCUCUGGCUCUUCGAACAAUGUAUCAGAAAUUGAUUUUAGGUUGCGGUCGGUUCCUUCAUGGUCCUGAUGUGAAUGAACACUCCUUUAAUAUGAAUGUAGGCUCGCUUGUGACUCGCUAAUCAGUGUGUUGGUCACACAUAAUUCAAACUUCCUUAUAAUAUUUAGCUUUUAUCUUUUA